CUUCACAAACUCAAGAAGAAGAAAGAAGCAUCUUUGAGCAGAGAUCAGUGGUGGCCUCUUUGGACAUCUGUGACAACAGUCACCUUCAGCAGAAAUGAACGCCAGCCCCCCAGCAGGAAGCGCCCUGGCCCCUGGUGGAGCGACUGGACCAACCACACCCAAGAAGGGACCACCCAAGUUCAAGCAGCGGCAGACCCGCACAUUCAAGAGCAAGGCCCCCAAGCCAGGCCAAAAGGGCUUUGGUGACGAUAUCCCCGGCAUGGAGGGUCUUGGCACAGACAUCACAGUGGUGUGCCCAUGGGAAGCCUUCGGCGACAUGGAGCUCAGCGACUUGGCCAAAUACGGCAUCAUUUAAUCCUGCUGCCUCCUGCCUUCCUUGCCUGCCUGUACCUCUCCUCUGUCUGGUCCCAUCCGCCCUGCCUUCUCUCCAUCUCAGCUCGGCACGCCAUGAUAAGACGGCCAGCAUGCCCCCUAAUGCCCUCUCGUCUAUCUACCUCAUGCUUGACUCCACUAAGUGGACGGAAAGCAUAACAAUGUUCUUUUUUUUAUAUUAUUAUUAUAUGAUACUGUUUAAACUAUAUAUUCUUGAAAUGAGAAGACGAGAAAAAGACCUUCACAUACCCUGUUCCCCUUUCCUUUCAUCCACCUACAAUAGCCCACUCCUGACUUCUCCUCUCUCUCAUUUAAUCUUCCCUCUCUCCCUCUGCCUCCCAAACCCAUGGCAAUGGACGCAAGCAAAACACUAGUUAUUACUAGCUUGUAUUUGCUUCUAGCUGUCUAUUAAAAUGUAAAUAUUUUGUUCUCAGUGUUGAACCUUUUUACCUUGUCUUCCAUCCUACCUUUUGUACUCCUUCCCUCUUUUAUUUUGCAUUGUAUUUUCUACUCCUUGUGCAAAGGAGAUGCAAGGAGAGUGUGUAAUAUGGUGUAACGGUGAAAACUACAAUGCACUUUCACAUGAUCGUGGAGGAUGAACUCCCUUUUAUCCCGUCUUUCUCUCCUUGCUGCUAUCUGAACCCACGUCCCUCCUUAGAGAAAACAAAGGCAUAUAUGUUUUGGGUCGCAAGCACAAUACCACAGACAUUGUACUGUGAACUUGUAUGUCCUGAUAGCUGCAGUAAAUGUGUUUAUUUUUAGUA